GUAGAGUGAAGAAGCCUACACACGUUCAAAUCCAACCCUGAGGCAGCUGUCUUUCAUCACUGAUGUAAAUGGAGCGCCACUCUGAGUUUGUUGAAAGGAUUCUGAAUACUGAUGCGGGCAUUGGACAAAUAACUGCAUGAAGCAUGUUUGUGCUGGGGUGAUCCUUGCAAGAGGCUACUGUGAGCAACGGAGAAGUCGGAGACAUGACUCAAGAAUAGUCUUUGUGGAGGAGGUGAACUUAACUGUCCACUGAUGGUGUUAAGAUGCCCCUCCGAGUCUUCCUCCCCUACCUGGCCUGCCUCGCUGUGGGCCUGCCCUGGGACAUUCUGACACCGGCUGCCAGCCACAGCGAGUAUGCCCACCAAGGCCACUGCCAACUGACACAGCGGACCGCUCUGUGCGAUGGAUCUCAGCUAUCAUCUGUGCCUGCAGACCUGCCAGGGGACAUUGAGGAGCUCAAUUUAAAUUGCAAUCACAUCGGAAUGUUAAAAAACACCUGUCUCUCUGGUUACCCUCAUCUCCGUGUCCUGAGCUGUGCCAGCUGCCACCUGGAUGGCAUUGAGUCAAAUGUCUUCCACAACACCCUUUAUUUGGAGAACCUCAACUUGGCUGAAAAUGACCUUUGCAGCAGGUACCAGUCGACUGGCCAGGCCUUACGGCUGCUGUCGCAAUUGAAGGCCUUGGACCUGUCACAAAAUGGGCUGACAGAGGACAUGGUCUCUUUCAUUCUGAGGAACAUGUCCUCCCUAGAGUACCUGUCUCUCUCUGGGAAUGUCCUACUGAGGCUGGACCAGGCCAUCUUCAGCGACCUCCACCAGCUGGAGGAGCUGCACCUGGAGCGGAAUGCACUCUAUGAGAUCGAGGAAGGGGCCCUUGACGGCCUGCACAAGCUCAGGAGACUCAACCUGGCCUUCAACGGCCUGCCCUGCCUCGUGAACUUCCGCCUCACCCAGCUGAAGGUGUUGAAUGCCAGCCACAACAACAUAGAGUGGUUCAUCUCCGACCAGGGCAUGGACGAACCUUUCCAUCUGGAGACCCUGGAUCUCCAGGACAACAAGCUUCUCUUCUUCCCGUUCCUGCCCACUCGCAGCCGGGUCCGGAGUUUGCUGCUGUCUAACAACAAGGUCAGCUUCUACCAGCACCUCGCGGACCGCCGCUCUCCAAACUGGACCACCAGCGUCCAGUUCUUCAACCUGAACGGUAACCACAGCAACGUCACGGCUGACCUGUGGGACGAGGCACUUCACGGUGACAUCUCCUCGGUGGACCUGCUGGACUUAACUGGGAACCAGGUUAGCUAUCUCCCUCAGGGCUUCUUAAGUAAAAUGCCUAAGUUGUCAAGGCUGAGACUGGGAAGGAACUGCCUGGAGUCUUUUGGCUUUUCUUCCGAAGAGCUUUCAGCCUCUCUGUAUGAGCUGGACAUGAGCAAUAACAGAAUAACUGUGCUUCAUGCUAAUGAGAGCUGCCUGACCACACUGGGUAAUCUUACUCACCUCAACCUGAGUCUGAAUGACCUACAGAGGUUUCCAUCUAGAAUGUUCACAGCUUUGCCCAGCCUCACCACUUUGGACCUUAGUUAUAGCAAAGUGGACAUAUGCUUUUCAGAGAAAUUAGACAGAGGCGCACAGCCCCAUGACUGUGUGGUGUGGACAAAUGUCAGUUCCCUGAGACAGCUGUUUUUAAGAGGGUGCAACCUAGGCCGCAUCCCACCCUACGCUUUUGGCGGCACUCCACUAAUACACCUUGAUCUGUCCGACAACCCUGGAAUCGUUCUAGGAUGUGAUUCGCUAGCAGGCCUCAGCGAAACAUUGCAGCACUUAAGUCUGGGAAACACAGGCAUUAAAGACUUUGACUUCACCCCAUUCAUUCACCUAAGAUCAUUAGACCUUUCCAGGAACUCCAUAUCCCAUGUUCCUGGCUCCUUAACCAGCCCAGGCCUGAGGUGGCUGGACCUGAGGAACAACGACCUGAACACCAUCCCCUUCCACCAGGCUAAGACACUGAGCACAACUCUACAGACCCUAUUCAUUGGGGGAAACCCAUUCAACUGCUGCGAGCUGGAAUGGUACCGAGUGCUAGAGGGGGGGAGCUCUGUGAAUAUCGCAGACAGGUCCGACGUGACGUGUCAACAUGUCACCCGUGGGAGGCAGAGCGUGGAGCGCAUGAGUGGACACCCCUGCCGGAAUGGCAGGGACGAAUCUGGCUGGUGGUACGUGGCGCUCUUCCUGCCCCUGUGCCUCUCUUUCGUGGGCAUCAUUGUCAUUUUUGUGCUCACUUUUAAGUCCACCCAGGUGCCCAAGGUGAUAAAGAAGAGGUACCUGAGGACCACCACAUAUUAGUAUGGAUGGGGAAAUAAAGUAAUGUCGUUACAUGGUCUGACUGGUUCCAGGGUACU